UGCAUAAAGAUUUCCUGCCAACAAAGCAAGGGAAAGAAAAACAGCCACAGAAAUCGCCUCACUGGAACGUUUCCCCUCCAUUCAAACCAGACCUCCUCAGUUCCCAGAACCAUGAAGCUCUUUCUUCUCUACCUUUUUGCUGCCCUGAUAGCUUCAGCAAAAUCCCUGAGUUGCGAAUGUACAAACUGCACAAGUGGAACAACUUGCACAGCCGACAAAGAAGGAGCGUGCAUCGCUGUGACAGGGAACAUUAAAACUGGUGAAGACUCCAGUGCAACACCAGGUAUAUUCAGUAGCUGUUGGAGCAGCCAGACCCCUUUGGCGUGCAAAGAGGAGGAGAUGUUCAUCACAGCGGGGAAACAAUUUUCCUGGAACACUAAAACCAUAUGCUGCCACGAGGACAACUGCAAUGCUGUUAACCCUGAAGUGCUAAAGGAAGACACCACUCCCAGUGAACUGAUGUGCCCAACAUGCUUUGUUUUCGGCUCUGAGUCCUGCAAUGCCACCACGAUGAAAUGCGCCAAAUCCCAGGACCAUUGCCUUACCAUUACUGGGGUUAUCACAACAGGUACUACAAUUGAGCCCUUUUUUGGAGAAGGGUGUGCUACCCCUACAGCAAGCAACCUUGUCAGCGGCACGAAGCUGACCUUUGGAGAGGUCACUUACAUGAUUACCAGCAGCCACAUAGAGAAAGCUAAAGAUGGGGCCAGCCAGGACAUCCCCACAUCCUCCUCUAAACCCUCCACCACCUUGUCUUCCUCCAACUCUUCCACCACCCCAACCUCCUCUAAAACACCCACCACCCUGUCUUCCUCCAACUCUUCCACCACCCCAACCUCCUCUAAAACACCCACCACCUUGUCUUCCUCCAACUCUUCCACCACCCCAACCUCCUCUAAAACAUCUACCAACUUGUCUUCCUCCAACUCUUCCACCACCCCAACCUCCUCUAAAACACCCACCACCUUGUCUUCCUCCAACUCUUCCACCAUCCCAACUGCCUCUAAAACACCCACCACCCUGUCUUCCUCCAAAUCUUCCACCACCCCAACCUCCUCCAAAACACCCACCACCUUGUCUUCCUCCAGCUCUUCCAUCACCUCAUCCUCCUCUAAAACCUCUACCAACCGAUCCUCCGACAAGUCCCUGAGCAAGUCUACUAAACCUGCAACCACCUCCACCUCUGCCACCUCUACUAGUUCUGUUUUCACCAUCCUACUGCCAAGUCUCCUUGGGCUCCUGCUGGACAAAUUUCUUUACUGAUCUCAUUUGGCCCAGGACACCUUCUCUACCCAAGUUAAGAAGAGCAUCUUCAACACGAUACAAGAACAGAGGGCACCAAUCCCAGAAGUUUAAUGUACAUUUCCCCCCAAUAUACCUAUUUGUAAACAUUUUUUGGUGGGUGAACUGCAUCACAAAGUGAGGAAAAGUGUGAAUUUCAAAGGACAGGUGCAUUUUGAUUCACGUAUUGGUGGAUUUGGUGGGUUCUCAUUAAAAUGAGAAC